AUGUCUUCCUUCAAUAUCGUCGUCUUUGGUGGUGACCACUGUGGUCCCGAGGUGACCGCUGAGGCUGUUAAGAUCCUCCGCGUCAUUGAGAAGUCCCGUGGCGUUACUUUUAACCUGCAGGAUCACCUGCUCGGUGGUGCCUCUAUCGAUGCUACCGGUUCGCCCUUGACAGACGAGGCCUUGAACGCAGCCAAGAACGCUGAUGCCGUUCUCCUCGGUGCCAUUGGAGGUCCCGUACGUCUACAUCUCCUACUCUACUCCCUCCUCCCCGCACAAAAAACAAGAACAAGCCUACUGACACAUUGCCAGAAAUGGGGCACUGGCGCCGUGCGCCCGGAACAGGGUAUCCUCAAGCUGCGCAAGGAGAUGGGCACAUUUGGCAACCUGCGGCCCUGCAACUUCGCGGCACCCUCGCUGGUCGAGAGCUCGCCGCUCAAGGCCGAUAUCUGCCGCGGAGUCGACUUCAACAUCAUCCGUGAGCUGACGGGCGGUAUCUACUUCGGCGAGCGCACAGAGGACGAUGGUUCCGGAUACGCCAUGGACACUGAGCCCUACUCGCGCCACGAGAUCGAGCGCAUCAUCCGUCUCGCCGCCAACCUCGCUCUGCAGCACAACCCGCCCCUGCCCGUCUGGAGUUUGGAUAAGGCCAAUGUCCUCGCCACCAGCCGUCUGUGGCGUAAGGUCGUCACCGAGGUUAUGGAGAAGGAGUACCCCCAGGUCUCCAUUGGUCACCACCUCAUUGACUCUGCUGCUAUGCUCAUGAUCAAGGACCCCCGUAAGCUGAACGGUAUUGUUGUUACUAGCAACUUGUUCGGUGAUAUCAUUAGCGACGAAGCUAGUGUUAUCCCCGGUUCGCUGGGUCUGCUUCCCAGUGCCAGUUUGAGUGGUAUUCCUGAUGGCAAGAGCCGUGUCAACGGUAUCUACGAGCCUAUUCACGGCUCUGCCCCCGAUAUUGCUGGCAAGGGUAUCGUUAACCCCAUCGCUACUAUCCUGUCUGUGGCCAUGAUGAUGCAGUACUCCUUCAACAUGAUCGAUGUGGCUCGCGUGAUUGAGCAGGCUGUGAGCAAUGUCAUCGAGGCUGGUGUCCGCACCGGCGACAUUGGCGGCACAGCCAAGACUACCGAGGUCGGCGAUGCCGUCGCUGUCGAGCUGGAGAAACUGCUUAAGUAG